GAUAAAGUGAUCUAUUGAAUAACUAUGAUUUAUUAUUUAUUUAAACUUAAAAUAUGUUACAAAUGUUACAAUUAACAUUCGGUAAUAGAUAGGUUCUUAUUGAUCUAUUAUAUUUAAUACAUAGUAUGAUAUAGAUACUUAAAAUCGCGAAAUAAUAUUUGUCAACAACCUGAGCAAUGUGAUUUGGUGACACUUACUAAUUACUUAUGCGUUUUAGUCAGUUGUCUUCAUUUUUCGUUUCAUGUUUAAUGUAUUAAAAUAAUCGAUGCCGAUUAACUACUAAUGAAUAAACUUCAAACCUUUAAAUAAUCAUGGGUUGCGCCUGUGAAAAACAACAUAUCACAAUACAGGAUAACAAGUAUUACAUACUUGAUCAAAUUGGACAAGGUGGCUUUAGUUCAAUAUUUCUUGUUAAAAAUACUAAUAAUAUGAAAUUUGUAUUGAAAUGUAUCUUGUGCCAUGAUCAAAAAGACUGCAAGAAUGCUUGGAAUGAAGCCAAGAUCCAUCAACUUUUAGAAAGCAGUGGAAACAAAUAUAUUCUUAAUUUAAUUGAAUGUGAAAUGGUUGAAAAAUCAUUAGAAUUUUCAAAAACACCAACAGAUACAUUUCUUAUGUUAUUACCUUAUUACAAAAAUGGAUCAUUGCAUGACACUUUAGUUAAACCUCAUUAUCAUAUGGAUUUGAAAUAUGUAUUAAAACAUUUUCGACUGAUUUGUUUAAGCGUGAAAACAUUUCAUGAUCUAUCUUAUUCGCAUAGAGAUAUAAAACCUGCAAAUAUAUUAUUUAAUGAUAAUAAUGAACCAGUAAUAAUUGACUUAGGAUCUGCUGCUCCUGCCAGAAUAACGGUGACCUCAAAAAAAGAAGCACAAGAACUUUUAGAUGAAGUAAAUGAAAGAUGUUCAAUGACUUAUAGAGCUCCAGAAUUGUUUAAUAUAGAUAUUAAUUCUAUUAUAGAUGAACGAAUCGAUAUCUGGUCCUUAGGAUGUUUACUAUAUGCAAUGCUUUAUAAAAAGUCACCUUUUGACUUGGUUUAUGAGCGAGGAGAUUCUGUUGCUUUGGCUGUGAUAAAUGGAAAAAUAUGUUUUCCUCCAAAUUCUAAUGAAAAUAUCAACGAUUUGAUAAAGAUAAUGUUAACAGUAGAUCAUUUCAAAAGACCAUUUAUAGAUGAUAUAUUAGAAUCAGUCAAAGUUAUUGAUGAAAUAUUUGAUCAAGAUUUUAAUGAACAUAAUAUUUUAAACUCAGAUAAUUGUACCGUUUAGAAAUUAUA